AUGGUUGUUGACAGGCGUGAGCUUGUCAUGUCAGAAUACUGGAAGUCCACACCUAAAUACUGGUGCAAGCACUGCAAAACCUACGUCCGCGACACUGCCUUCGAGCGCACCCAGCACGAAGCCACAGGCAAACACCAGGGUAACCUCAGGCGCUUCCUGCGCGAUAUCCACCGCAACAACGAACGCGACGAGCGAAAAAAUCAACAAGCGAAGAAUGAAAUCGAGCGGCUGAAGGGUGUUGUCUCUGGAUCGUCCAAGACAGGAGACCAACAACAGCGCUCACCAUGGAAACAUGGGCUAGGGGCUGGUUCAGGCGCAGGUCCAGCCACAGGUGCAAAUGCGGAAUCGAGUACAUCUCUCUCUGUAAACGCAGAGCAGCGGAAGCGUCAACUGGCACAACUAGUGGAGCUUGGAGUUGCUAUCCCGGAGGAGUUUAGGCCAGAUUUGGCGCUCGCGGGGGAUUGGAAAGUUGUUGAAGAGACAACAGCGGAGGAAAAAGGGCACGAGCAGGAUCCUAUGGCUGGGUUGAAUAUUGGCGUCAGGAAAAGGAAGUUUGAAGGACAGGAGGAGGAGGAGGCUGCAGGAGAGACGGUGAUGAGGAAAGGGUGGGGAUCGACGACAAGGGCGUUCCCUGAUGAUGGGAAGGAUAUUGACGCUUUGUUGGAACGGGCGACGGAGCUGAAAAGGAAGGGGCCAAAGAUGGAGACACCAGAUGUUAAAGCGGAGCGGGAAGGCGUUGUCGACGGCAGUAUCGGCAUUGCGACCAAGAAGGAGAACCCAGCCGCUAAUGAUGGGGAUGUUCCUCCGAUUAAAAGAGAGGAAAGAGGAAAUGGGUCGACGAUUGCUGUGACCAAAGAGAAAGGGGAUGCGAAGGAUGUAUCGCGAUCGGCUUCAGAGACUUUGGGGAAAACUUCUGAGGGCAUCGUACCUGCCGUGGUUUUCAAGAAGCGCAAACCGAAGCAUGCCAGGUGA